CAGCGGCGGCGACCCCGAGGACCCCGGGCACGCCGAGCGCGCGACACAGCUCGCGGCGAGCCCGGGAGUGAUGGCGAGGCCCCCACUGGCCGCCCGCGGCUGAGACGCCCCACCCAACCCCACCCCGCCCCGCCCGGAGCGGCCCGCCCUGCCUGGCCCUGCCCUGCUCCCUGCCGGCUGCAGCCCCGGCGUUUCCUAGUCGGCGCGGGCAGCCGCCCAGAAGAGGUGCGGCCUCCGCACAGGCGGGGGGCGUCGGCGCCGCGGGGCCCGCCAUGGCCGCGUCGGAGCUCUACACAAAGUUUGCCAGGGUUUGGAUACCUGAUCCCGAGGAAGUUUGGAAGUCAGCAGAGUUGCUCAAAGAUUAUAAGCCAGGAGAUAAAGUCCUCCUGCUUCACCUUGAGGAUGGAAAGGAUUUGGAAUAUCGUCUAGAUCCAAAGACGAAGGAGCUGCCUCACUUAAGAAACCCUGACAUACUUGUGGGUGAAAAUGACCUCACAGCCCUCAGCUAUCUUCACGAGCCUGCUGUACUCCACAAUCUCAGAGUCCGCUUUAUUGAUUCCAAACUUAUUUAUACAUAUUGUGGUAUAGUCCUAGUAGCUAUAAAUCCUUAUGAGCAGCUGCCUAUUUAUGGAGAAGAUAUUAUCAAUGCAUACAGCGGUCAGAACAUGGGCGAUAUGGAUCCACAUAUCUUUGCAGUAGCUGAAGAAGCUUACAAGCAAAUGGCCAGAGAUGAACGAAAUCAGUCCAUCAUCGUAAGUGGAGAGUCUGGGGCAGGAAAAACAGUUUCAGCUAAGUAUGCCAUGCGAUACUUUGCAACUGUAAGUGGUUCCGCCAGUGAAGCCAAUGUUGAGGAAAAGGUGUUGGCAUCCAACCCCAUCAUGGAGUCAAUCGGAAAUGCUAAGACAACCAGGAAUGAUAAUAGCAGCCGUUUUGGGAAGUACAUUGAGAUUGGUUUUGAUAAGAGACAUCGAAUCAUUGGUGCCAAUAUGAGAACUUACCUUUUAGAGAAAUCCAGAGUGGUGUUCCAGGCAGAAGAGGAGAGAAACUAUCAUAUCUUCUAUCAGCUUUGUGCCUCAGCAAAGUUACCUGAAUUUAAAAUGCUGCGAUUAGGAGACGCAAAUAACUUUCAUUACACGAAGCAAGGUGGCAGUCCUGUGAUUGAAGGAGUAGAUGAUGCCAAGGAGAUGGCACAAACCAGGCAGGCCUGCACUUUGCUAGGAAUUAGUGAAUCUUAUCAGAUGGGAAUUUUCCGAAUACUUGCUGGCAUCCUUCACUUAGGCAAUGUUGGAUUUAUGUCUCGAGAUUCAGACAGCUGCACAAUCCCUCCCAGGCAUGAACCUCUCAGCAUCUUCUGUGACCUCAUGGCUGUGGACUUUGAGGAGAUGUGUCACUGGCUCUGCCAUCGGAAGCUGGCUACUGCCGCGGAGACAUACAUCAAGCCCAUCUCCAAGCUGCAGGCCACGAAUGCCCGCGAUGCGCUGGCCAAGCACAUCUAUGCCAAGCUCUUUAACUGGAUUGUAGAUCACGUCAAUCAGGUUCUCCAUUCUGCUGUCAAACAGCACUCUUUUAUCGGCGUGCUGGACAUUUAUGGAUUUGAAACAUUUGAGAUAAAUAGUUUUGAACAGUUCUGCAUAAAUUAUGCAAAUGAAAAACUACAGCAGCAAUUCAAUAUGCAUGUCUUCAAAUUAGAACAAGAGGAAUAUAUGAAAGAACAAAUUCCAUGGACACUCAUAGAUUUUUAUGAUAAUCAGCCUUGCAUUAAUCUUAUAGAAUCUAAACUGGGCAUUCUAGAUUUGCUGGAUGAGGAAUGCAGGAUGCCUAAAGGCACAGAUGACACUUGGGCCCAAAAAUUGUACAACACACAUUUGAACAAAUGUGCGCUCUUUGAGAAGCCCCGUCUAUCAAACAAAGCUUUCAUCAUCCAGCAUUUUGCUGACAAAGUGGAAUACCAGUGUGAAGGCUUUCUGGAAAAGAAUAAAGACACUGUUUUUGAAGAACAAAUUAAAGUUCUUAAAUCAAGCAAGUUUAAGAUGCUACCAGAAUUAUUUCAAGAUGACGAGAAGGCCAUCAGUCCAAGUUCAGCCACCUCUUCAGGGCGCACGCUCCUUACCCGCACUCCUGCAAAGCCCACCAAAGGCAGACCAGGCCAGGCGGCCAAAGAGCACAAGAAAACGGUGGGGCACCAGUUCCGAAACUCCCUUCACCUGCUUAUGGAGACCCUGAAUGCCACUACCCCUCACUACGUGCGCUGUAUUAAGCCUAACGACUUCAAGUUCCCAUUCACGUUUGAUGAGAAGAGGGCAGUACAGCAGCUGAGAGCGUGCGGUGUCCUGGAAACCAUCCGAAUCAGCGCAGCAGGUUUCCCCUCUCGGUGGACUUACCAAGAAUUUUUCAGCCGCUACCGUGUCCUAAUGAAGCAAAAAGAUGUGCUAAGUGAGAGAAAACAAACAUGCAAGAAUGUUUUAGAGAAACUGAUAAAGGACAAGGACAAAUACCAGUUUGGGAAGACAAAGAUCUUUUUCCGUGCCGGUCAAGUGGCCUAUCUGGAAAAAUUGAGGGCAGACAAAUUGAGGGCUGCCUGCAUCCGGAUCCAGAAGACGAUCCGAGGGUGGCUGCUGCGGAAGAAGUUCCUGCGCAUGCGCAAGGCUGCCAUCACUGUGCAGAGAUACGUGCGAGGCCACCAGGCCCGAUGUUAUGCUAAGUUCCUGCGCAGAACCAAGGCAGCAACCAUCAUUCAGAAGUACUGGCGCAUGUAUGUAAUCCGCCGGAGGUACAAGAUCUGGCGGACUGCCACGAUCGUCCUUCAGUCUUACCUUCGAGGCUACUUGGCCAGAAAUAGGUAUCGCAAGAUACUCCGUGAGCACAAAGCAGUCAUCAUUCAGAAGUGGGUCCGGGGCUGGCUGGCUCGCACCUACUACAAGAGGAGUACGCACGCCAUCAUCUACCUUCAGUGCUGCUUCCGGCGGAUGAUGGCCAAGCGCGAGCUGAAGAAGCUCAAGAUCGAGGCCCGCUCCGUGGAGCGCUAUAAGAAGCUCCACAUUGGCAUGGAGAACAAGAUCAUGCAGCUGCAGCGCAAAGUUGACGAACAGAACAAAGACUACAAAUGCCUCAUGGAGAAACUGACCAAUCUGGAAGGAAUAUACAACUCUGAGACCGAGAAACUACGAAGUGACUUAGAACGUCUUCAACUAAGUGAGGAAGAAGCUAAGAUUGCUACUGGACGUGUCCUCAGUCUGCAGGAAGAAAUUGCCAAGCUCCGGAAAGACCUGGAACAAACUCAGUGUGAGAAAAAAUCCAUUGAAGAGUGUGCUGAUAGAUACAAACAGGAAACUGAGCAGUUGGUAUCAAAUCUGAAGGAAGAAAAUACUCUGCUGAAGCAGGAAAAAGAGGCCCUCAAUCACCUUAUCGUGGAGCAGGCUAAGGAGAUGACAGAGACGAUGGAAAAGAAGUUAAUAGAAGAAACAAAACAACUGGAACUCGAUCUUAAUGAUGAAAGGCUGAGAUAUCAGAACCUUCUGAAUGAGUUCAGUCGCUUGGAAGAACGAUAUGAUGACCUCAAGGAAGAGAUGACUUUGAUGAUUAAUGUGCCUAAGCCUGGACACAAGAGAACAGACUCCACCCACAGCAGCAAUGAGUCUGAAUACACCUUUAGCUCUGAAAUUGCAGAAACUGAAGACAUUCCAUCAAGGACAGAGGAGCCAAGCGAGAAGAAGGUGCCUCUGGACAUGUCAUUGUUUCUCAAGCUCCAGAAGCGGGUCACAGAGCUGGAGCAGGAGAAGCAGGUGAUGCAGGAUGAGCUGGACCGCAAGGAGGAGCAGGUGCUCCGAAGUAAGGCAAAGGAAGAAGAAAGACCACAAAUUAGAGGUGCAGAACUGGAAUAUGAGUCACUCAAGCGUCAAGAACUAGAAUCAGAAAACAAAAAACUGAAAAAUGAGCUGAAUGAGUUACGCAAGGCCCUUAGUGAGAAAAGUGCCCCCGAGGUGACCGCUCCAGGUGCACCAGCCUACCGUGUCCUCAUGGAGCAGCUGACCUCUGUGAGUGAGGAGCUCGAUGUCCGCAAGGAGGAAGUCCUCAUCUUGAGGUCUCAACUGGUGAGCCAGAAAGAGGCCAUCCAACCCAAGAAUACAAUGACAGAUUCCACAAUACUUUUAGAAGAUGUACAAAAAAUGAAAGAUAAAGGUGAAAUAGCACAAGCAUAUAUCGGUUUGAAAGAAACAAACAGGCUCCUGGAAUCCCAGCUGCAGUCGCAGAAGAGGAGCCAUGAGAAUGAGGCCGAAGCCCUCCGCGGGGAGAUCCAGAGCCUGAAGGAGGAGAACAACCGGCAGCAGCAGCUGCUGGCCCAGAACCUGCAGCUGCCCCCAGAGGCCCGCAUCGAGGCCAGCCUGCAGCACGAGAUCACCCGGCUCACCAACGAGAACCUGGAUUUGAUGGAACAACUCGAAAAACAAGAUAAGACUGUCCGGAAACUGAAAAAACAACUGAAAGUAUUUGCCAAAAAAAUUGGUGAACUAGAAGUGGGCCAAAUGGAGAACAUAUCCCCAGGACAGAUCAUUGAUGAGCCCAUUCGUCCAGUCAACAUUCCCAGAAAAGAAAAGGAUUUCCAAGGAAUGCUGGAAUACAAGAAGGAGGAUGAGCAAAAACUUGUUAAGAACUUGAUUCUGGAACUGAAGCCACGUGGUGUAGCAGUCAAUUUGAUUCCAGGGUUACCAGCGUAUAUCCUGUUUAUGUGUGUUCGACACGCUGACUACCUGAAUGAUGAUCAGAAAGUAAGGUCGUUGCUAACAUCAACAAUAAACAGCAUCAAAAAAGUAUUAAAGAAAAGAGGUGAUGAUUUUGAAACUGUCUCCUUCUGGCUUUCUAACACAUGCCGAUUUUUGCACUGUUUGAAGCAGUACAGUGGAGAAGAGGGCUUUAUGAAACACAACACAUCUCGCCAGAAUGAACACUGCCUCACCAAUUUUGACCUGGCCGAAUACCGACAGGUGCUAAGUGACUUGGCCAUUCAGAUCUACCAGCAGCUCGUGCGGGUGUUAGAGAACAUCCUUCAGCCAAUGAUCGUCUCCGGAAUGCUAGAGCAUGAAACCAUUCAGGGUGUGUCUGGGGUGAAGCCCACAGGGCUAAGAAAGCGAACCUCCAGCAUUGCUGAUGAGGGUACCUACACACUGGACUCCAUCCUGCGGCAGCUCAACUCCUUCCACUCAGUCAUGUGUCAGCACGGCAUGGACCCCGAACUGAUCAAGCAGGUGGUCAAGCAGAUGUUCUACAUCGUGGGGGCCGUCACACUGAACAACCUCCUCCUCCGGAAGGACAUGUGCUCCUGGAGUAAAGGCAUGCAGAUCAGGUACAAUGUCAGUCAACUAGAAGAAUGGCUGCGUGACAAGAAUCUGAUGAACAGUGGGGCUAAGGAAACCCUGGAACCUCUCAUUCAGGCUGCUCAGCUUUUGCAAGUGAAAAAGAAAACAGAUGAUGAUGCAGAAGCCAUUUGUUCCAUGUGCAAUGCUUUAACUACUGCCCAGAUUGUCAAAGUGUUGAAUUUGUAUACUCCAGUUAACGAGUUUGAAGAAAGAGUCUCUGUGUCAUUUAUUCGUACUAUACAGAUGCGUUUACGAGACAGGAAAGACUCUCCUCAGCUGCUCAUGGAUGCUAAACACAUCUUUCCUGUCACCUUUCCUUUUAACCCAUCUUCCCUUGCACUAGAAACCAUCCAGAUUCCAGCCAGCCUGGGCCUGGGAUUCAUAUCACGGGUCUGAAAGUGAUAUCAAGGAAAAUAUUGACAAUACAAUACUUGCCUGAAAUAACCCAUUAUUUCAAGUGAGGUACUGAAAACACAUUUUAAAAGAGAUAGUACUUAUUAUCUCCCAAACAAGGGGUUAUUGACUGGAACUCCCCCUAGAAAACUUUUCAUCAUCUUGGAAAGAAAGAUAGGCUCCUUUGUGCUGUGUUACCUUUUAACAACACUCAUCCUUGAUCAGUUAGGUAUCUGCAGUUGAUGUGCAGGUGAAUGAUGGAAGGAAGGAAAAAAAUGUGUCUUCAGCUGCCAGCGUUUAUUUUAAAUCCUUAUCACUGCAUCUAAAUGAUAUCAAAAACCUAAAUUCCAGAUAUGAAUAUGAGCUGUUGUUAGAAAGGUACCAAUAAGGAACCUCCUGUGUGCUAACCAGAAGAAUUGAAAGAAAAAUCAUCACUGAGUACAUAUCAUACCAGUUUAGGAAUCAAUUAUGUUGCUACUGUCCAACUGGAACAAAGAAAUAAACUGGCAAUAUGUAAAGUAACUGGCCAAGUAGCUCCCUUCUAUGUGUCACUAUGAUGUAGAGAUACUAAGAGAAUGUUGGUUUGCUAUAGAGCAUGGAAGUCCGUUUGUACCAUAGUUUACUGAGCAUUUUAAAUUGCUGCUACAUACUAUGUUCUUUAAAAUGUAAGCGAUAUUCAUAUUAGGCACUACAAUAAUAAGCUUCUCUUUUAUCAACUCUGUUUACAGUUCAAUCAGAUCAGUUUUAACUGGAUUAUGUGCACAUAGCUACAGAUUCACCUGCACAAGUAGCAGACACUGGGAAGUCAUGUAGUAAUAUGACACAAUGUUUGACAUUUAGGGAUAGGAUUAGGCAAAGUGGCUAUUGAUGUUGAUGUCCUUUAUUCAGGAUGUGUUACAUUGAUGUGCUCAUUGAUUUUCCCUGGGCGCAUAUCACAUCAGGGUACAGUGUUCUGUGAAGUGACCUAUUUUUAGUUAUCAGAUCUGCUUCCUGCAGUGCAUAUUUUCAACCUUGACAGGUUUUCUUUCUUCUUAAUUUAUUAAGAAUUAAUGUCAGUCAAUAUCUAGAGAGGAUUGUCAGAAUAUUCAUGAUUUAGGUCUUGAAAUCUUAAUUAUUUUAUAAAUUAUGCAAAAGAAAGUAUAUAAUAAAUAAUUAUGAUUCCAUUUUUUAGGCUUUGCAACUUCUAUAAAUGUUCUCAAUGCCACUAGAUACUUUAAAGAGCAUCAUAUUAGAAAUACAUUGACCUAUAUAAAAGUAUAAGGAGAUUGCUGAAUUUUACAGAGGAUUUGGUUUAAUAAGACCCAGAUUCUAUAUGUUUUCAUUCUGAAAUUCUAAUUAAACGUAGUCUCCAUUUUUCCUACAAAUCUUAUACAAUAAAUGUUUCAGGUUGUGCAAAAACAAAUUCUUAGCUUUCUUUAGAAACUUUGGUUCUGAAUUACAAUCAUAGAUUUAUAUAAAUUAACUAUUAGAUCUAUAAAAAAGACAUCUUAUUAAAAUAUGUGCAAUAUUAUAAAUGCAAGUAAAACAUUUUCAAAUCAGUGAUAAAUAUUGCUAUUAAAAGAUAAAUUCUGUCUGUUAACUUAUUUGGGCCUCAAAUUCCUCAUUUAUUCAGUGAGAGUGUUAGACAGCUGGUUCUUAAGGUCCCUUCCACAUCUGAAGUUCUCUCCUCGCCGUACCUGAACCACAGAGAAAUGAGAUGCAGGUACUCAGUAAGGUUACCCUCUAAUGGAAAGACUAGUGUUUGGUGCCUGUUAAUUUUGAGGGAUUAAUAAAAUGUAAAAUCCCAGGUUUGUGUAGCUGUAAUCUUUCUUAAAUGUACAUGAUUUAUGUACAUACUUUUUCAAAGUUAAUGAGUUUAGGUAGUUUUUAUUGAAUUGUGCACUGCUGUAUUCAGUUUGGAUACAUUUAUUCAUUUGCAAAACCAAGAAAAAUACUAACUCAAUCCGAUUUUCUCUAUUUUCCCUGGUUGUCAGUGUGGUUUUCAAUGAACUGUUGAAACCACGUGGUUAGUACUGAAUCUGUCAGAGUCUUAAGAACAUAGAUGGGACUUGGGUGGGAGAGAUGCUCCAAAAAAUGCCACCAUGAUUGUAGGCUCUCCCCGUCAGACCUAGAAAUCCUCCCAGGCCCUUUCCCAGCUCAGUCCUGUGUAGCAUGUCCCGUACACACCCUGAGUCUUGUCAGGUCUUCAGGAUCACGCUCUAGCUUCCACUGCCACUGCAGCCUUUUAUCUUUCCUGCAGACAGCUCAUAUCCCGAAGCAUGUCUUGUCUGGGCCUUUCUCUCUCUCCUGUCUUCCAUCUUUCUGCUGCAAAGUGCUGGAGCCUCUGUUCCACACCUGGGCCAGAGUCUUUCCUGUUCAGGGAUGGCCACACAAAGAUUAUGAUAUUUCAGGGCUCCAACUUCCUCCAAGGCCUAUCUAGAACCCCAGAAGCGGAUCUGAAUUAAUUUCUCUUAGUGGUCUGAAGAUCUUUAGUCAUAACACAAAUACCUUACAACCAGGGAACCCCAAGUCCUGGUAAGUCAUUCUGUGUCCUACUUUCUUGAGGAUGCAGAAAUAUUCUGCUGACUGUGGGUAUCCUUGGCCUCUGAGGACUGCUCACCUUUCCCUUUGUCCAUCCACACUUUCUCACCCAGCUUCAAACACACCUGCACCAGCCCUCCAGUCCGUCCACCCACUCAUUUAUCUGCUCACUCUGUCCCUUCCUUCAGCCACAUCCUGUGUCCCAUCGCCUGUCCACUCACCUGCUCUGACUCUUUUGAAGGCUGUGGGUGAAGGCAGUCCUCAGUUGCCCCACUGGCCUGCCUGGGGGCUUCCCUUCAGGCCACUCUUUGCAUGAGUUCUUGCUGUUCUCACUUCUCUGCAGUACGAUCUUUAGCAUUAUCACUAAUUUGCUUUUUCAUAAUUCCUCUAUGACAUACAAUAGGAAUUCAAAGAAAGAAUUAUUUGAGAAAGCAACAGUUCAUUGUUUUAAUAGCCCCUUCUCAAUAGUCUCCUCCCCACUCACUGUACAGAGAAACUCAGCUCACACCUUGGAAAGCAAAGCUGAAAACUUAGAAGUAGUUUUCCUUCUUGUAGCUUUUCUUAGGUUACGGCUUUGCUCUGCCUGAGAGUAACUAUAAUGAAGGGGAAAGAUGAGUAUGGGGUAAACUCCAUGAAGUGUAGCUUCAUUAUUCCUUUGGAAGCUGUGAAAAUGCACCUGACACUUCUUUCAUCAAUUGCAAAAGUACAACAAUAUAUAUUCCAAAGCCAACUGAUAGGAGAUUUGGGGAUUCGGGCCAGUUUGUGUCAUUUACUUUAUUAUUUCCUUCAUUUUAAUGGAUAAUUGAGAGUUGUCUCUUUCUGAGUAAGUGAUUAUGUAUAAUAUAGAUCAAAUCUUUUAAUAACAGUGGCGGAGGCCAUGAAAAUAUUUUAUUAGAAUUUCAGUAUAGUGAUUGUUGUGAGAAAUGACUUCCCUGGUAACCCUAGGUAAAAGGGCAUCUGGCACCAUCCUGAGAUGUCCUCAUAUUCUCUCUCUCUCUCUCUCUCUCUCUCUCUUACACACACACACAGAGUCUUCAGUAUCUUCAACUAUUUAGAAUAAAACAGAAAGCAAAAUGUCAUGUGUGGCCCUUCAGUUCUCCUGGUGAAAGGUAAUGUAGAGACAGUACCUCGUGUCUGGCUAUGCUUCACUUCAGCCUUUCUCUGUUACCUCAUUGUGUCCUCACAGCAGCCCUAGAAGGUAGAAGGGCAGCUAGUACAGUCCUUAGCUGAUGAUAAUUUGAGAGAGAGAUAAGGGCAGUGACUUGCCUGAGGUCACUCAGCCCUCCAGCUGUGCUGUCUUCCCAUAUGCAGCAGUGGCACUGAGGGCACAUGCGGGGCAGGAGACUUUAGAAAGUCCUGAGGUUCCAUUCUGUUCCUCCUGGUACCUGUGGGGUGCCCCAGUCCAGCAAGAGGUGCUCCUUUUCCUUAUCAGAGUUGGCAACUGGCAUAUGGGAGGUGAGGAAAUGAUGGGUACCAAGUUCUUGGUGCUAAUCAGUUGGGGUGCCUUGUGGUUUCCUCUUUGUCGUAGUUACCUGCUAUAACUAGGUUUGGCUUUUGUAAUGAAUCAGUGCCCCCCUGGAGGGUACAGUACUCUGUUUUGGUCAUUAAUUAGUAGCAAGCUCUCCCAGCCUGACCAGAAGCGGUGAGAGCCUCCCAAAAGGAAAGAGGAAGUCGCUCUCAACACACAGACCUCAGAGUCACUGUCAGAGCCACCAGGUGAGCUGUGCAGCCUGCAGAGAACCUGCAGCUGCAGGCCAAGCCCCUGGGUCCCUUCUGAGGGCUGUCUCCCAGGCAGGCCAUACAUAAGUCAGUGUGUAGUUGAACAUGACGGUGUGUGCAUGCUUCCAGUGUUGGCUUUGGAGCCAAGAGGUGUGCUGUGUGCAUGUGUGUUAGAGAAGCUCAGUGUAUGGGUAAGUGCAUUGUGAUUUCUUCUCAGGCUGUGCUGUGAGGGCCGCCUUAACCCCUGCUCCCUUCCCUCCUAGAGCUGCCUUAAGUUCUCUGGAACUUCUCCUCUGUAAGGGGAUGUCUUGCCUGGAAAGGAUAUCUUGCCCUGUUUCUCAAGGUGUUGUGAGGGUUUGGGUGGGUGUGGCCUCCUUUCUUCCUUCGUUCCCUUUCUGCAUGACCCUCCCCUCCUGUUACUUCUCCUUCCUUUCUUUUCUCUCAUUUCCAAACAGGUAUUAGAACUGUGAGGCAGCAGCAAUCUCAGAGCCAAUGAAAUGUGGUCUGAGAGAGUGUUUCCUGAGGUUAGGGGGCUCUGUGUUACACUUAAGCAAAUGAAUAUAUGGAAGAAAUAUAGAGAUAAGUUAGAUUCUUGGUAAUAUUUAAAUGGCUUGUUUUCCACUGAACUGACCUGUGCUUAGUAAAGCUAAAAGGUAUAACUGUAAAAUCUUUCAUGGACAUUCAUUAAAAAAAAUUUUGAGAACUCUUUACCCUUAUCAAAGAUGGAGUGAAAACAGGAAAAAGUGCUAUAAAUUCUAAUUCAUCGUAUUCAGUAUUACCCUAAAUUAAGUGAACCUGAGGUUACAGUAGAUUUCUCAAUAGAUCAGGAACUGAAAAGCACUAUGUAAAAUAUCUGCCAAAAUGCAUUUUAUACAUUUUUUUUAAUUUUAUAAUUUGGUUUAGCUAAAAUGUUCAUUAGCUCAAUUUAAUGGGUGUUAUUAGAUUCAUUAAGAUGUCUGAAAAUGACUAACAUUUCCUUAGUAUUGUAAUGUUUCUUGAAAUAUUUGAAAGAAAAAAUGUUUUUUGAGUUGAAUCUGGUAUGUGCAAUUCAGUGCUUGGUAGGUCAGUACAUUUUCAUGGCAUUUUUCAGAGUCAGUAGUUUUAAAUAUUGUCAUAUGUUAUAAAAACUUGGUCGACAUUUCAGGCUCUCUACAUGAGCCAUUUAAUUUUAUCCAACAUAUGCUGAAUUUUUCCUUUAAAUGUGGGUAUGUGUGUUAUAAUUUAUGAUUCCUAGUUAUGUAUUUUUGUGGAACACUGGAGUUAGGUUGAUUUUCAUGUGUCCUUGGAAAAUUUAAAUUGCUCUAACAGUGUUGCACAGAAAUGAGCUUAUGACAUUUAAUAUAUUGUAUUUUGAUUACUAACUUUAAUUGUUAACUUACUGUGAAAUGGAUAUGCCUUUUAACUACAAUGACAUUGAACAUUGCCCAUUGCAGUUUUUCAAAUGUUUUCCCUUGUUGGAUCUGGAAAAGAAAUUCUACUCUGAUCUACAUAGAAAAACAUGAUAUAGUUAAUGUUUGAAAAGUUCUUAGGUAAAAUAGUCAUCCAUUAAAAAUCAAAAGUAGGGCUUCCCUGGUGGUGCAGUGGUUGAGAGUCCACCUGCCAAUGCAGGGGACGCGGGUUUGUGCCCCGGUCCGGGAAGAUCCCAGAUGCCGCGGAGCGGCUGGGCCCGUGAGCCAUGGCCGCUGAGCCUGCGCGUCCGGAGCCUGUGCUCCACAACGGAAGAGGCCACAACAGUGAGAGGCCCGCGUACCGCCAAAAAAAAAAAACAAAAACAAAGCAAAA